AUGGAAAUAGAGAAUGACUGUGUUUGUGUCGGAUCGUCACCCAAACACAGGGAUGAUGAUCACGAAACUUUCACGAAGUUGACGAGCAAGUAUGAGAAAGAGAUUAGGAAAAUGAGCAUGGAUUUGAGGAACUUAAGGGUAUCUUCUUCAAACCAGACAGUGCUUUCUGUCAGUAAUGAAAAGUCGACGUUUGUCAUUGAUAAUGAGCAACGAAUGUGCACUUGCAAAAUUCUACAAGUUGAUUUAUUACUAUCUCCACACACCUUGACUGUAAUUGCAAAUACAAAAAGAGAUCCAUAUGAUUACUAUUCUUAUUAUUACACAAAAGAUGCAUACUUGAAUGCAUACCAAGAUUCGGUAUAUCCCGUUGGAAAUCAAGAGGAAUGGACAGUGCCAGAAGAAGUACAGCAAGAAAUAGUGUUACUUCCUAAUCAGAAGAGGAGUUGUGGAAGACCUACGAAGAAAAGGAAGAGAUCGUCCAGAGAAGGGAGAUUAACGAUAAAAUGCGNAAAUUUACACCAUAUAUAUAUGAAAAAUAGCAUUAAAAUGUAA